AACACAGGAACUGGCCAAGGCCUAUAAAAGGUCCAGGGGGAACAAGCAGACCUAACUCAGAAACUUUUCCAAGCACCCAAAUUCUCAGCCCAGCUUCUGACAUCAUGGCCUGUUGCUCUACCAGCUUCUGUGGAUUUCCCACUUGUUCCACUGGUGGGACCUGUGGCUCCAGCUGCUGCCAGCCAACCUGCUCCCAGACUAGCUGCUCCCAGCCAACCUGCUGCCAGACCAGCUGCUGCCACUGCUCCCAGCCAACCUGCUGCCAGACCAGCUGCUGCCAGCCAACCUGUUCCCAGCCAACCUGCUCCCAGACCAGCUGCUGCCAGACCAGCUGCUCCCAGCCAACUUGCUGCCAGACCAGCUGCUGCCAGACCAGUGGCUGCGAGAAAGACUGUGGCAUCAGUGGUACCACAGGCUGUGUCCAGGAAGGUGACAGCAGAGCUCUGAGCUGCCGCACCAGGUGGUGCCACCCUGACUGCCACGUGGAGGGCACCUGCCUGCCUCCCUGCUGUGUGGUGAGCUGCACCCCACCAACCUGCUGCCAGCUGUACCUCGCCCAGGCCUCCUGCUGCCGCCCAUCCUACUGUGGACAGUCCUGCUGCCGCCCAGCCUGCUGUUGCCGCUGCUGUGAGCCCACAUGCUGUGAGCCCACCAGCUGUGAGCCCACCUGUUGAAAACCUUCUGAUGGGAAUUCUGAGAAAGUGGCACUGAAAAAUUAGCCAAUGUAGAGUCCCAACAAACUUCUGAGCUCUAAUACCCAUAACCCAGCUUGCAACCUCAUGUCACAUGGCUAUGUAAAUUCCCUAAGAUGGAAAUUUAUAAAAUAUUUCAUAAACCUGGAUAGCAACAGAAGUCCUACAAUGUGAAAAGGGAUGUGUAAUACUUCUCUAUAGAUAUCAUCUGAAAUGUUUCAACAGCUCAUUGGGUUGUGGAUUUAAUAAAAUUUUUCAUUCUUCAGUGAUGAA